CACAAAAGGCGUUGGAUUAAACUACAUCUCCCACAAAAGCCUCUCCUCAUUCCAAGGAAAGCCCCGUUCUGGCAGCUCCUUCAGUGAAUACAGCCUCUCCUCCGCUCCAUGUUACUGAGGAGAGAGGAGCGGAGCGGCGGCGACGGAUCCGCGGUCAUGGCGCUGCAGUAGGACACAUAAAGCACACGCUCCUCUAGCCCUGCACAGAAAUCACACACCGGCAGGAGUCUAUCAGCGACGGCGGAGGAGAGCGCGAUCAUGCGGUGCGCGGACAGCAGAAUCUGAGCGCGUCUGCCGUUAAAGAUGAGCGCGGAGCAGCAGCGCGACUGGACGCGGGCGGAGGUGCAGCGGCUGUCCCGGGAGCUGGCGGAGACCACGCGGGAGAAGAUCCAGGCGGCGGAGUACGGGCUCGCGGUGCUGGAGGAGAAGCAGCAGCUGAAGCAGCAGUACGACGAGCUGGAGGCGGAAUACGAGAGCGUCCGCCAGGAGCUGGAGCAGCUGCGAGAGGCAUUUGGACAGGCCCACUCCAACCACAAGAAGGUGGCGGCUGACGGCGAGAGCCGCGAGGAGUCGCUCAUCCAGGAGUCGGCAUGUAAGGAGGCGUAUUACGAGCAGCGCAUGCAAGAGCUGCAGUCCGAGCUGCGACAAGCACGUAACAUCCUGACCAACGUCCAGUCAGAGAACGAUCGGCUCGCUACCAUCACUCAGGAACUCAGAGAGAACAGUCAGAUGGUGGAGCUGCAGAGGUCUCGUCUGCGCGACGACAUCAAGGAGUUCAAGUUCAGAGAGGCUCGUCUGCUGCAGGACUACAGCGAACUCGAGGAGGAGAACAUCACCCUCCAGAAACAUGUUUCUGUCUUAAAACAGAGCCAGGUUGAGUUCGAGGGUCUGAAACAUGAAAUUCGCCGUCUGGAGGAAGAUACCCAGUUUCUGAACAGCCAGUUGGAAGACGCCAUCCGUCUGAAGGAGAUCGCAGAGAGGCAGCUCGGGGAGGCGCUGGAAACCAUCAAGACUGAGAGGGAGCAGAAGGCCGCCUUAAGAAAGGAGCUGUCACAGUACAUGACCAUCGGAGACUCGAUGUACCACAGUCCUUUGAGCAUCUCCCUCGAUGGGCUGAAGUUCAGCGACGACACCUCAAUCGAGCCCAACAACGACGAACCCCUCCACGUCUAUGAGAAUGGCUUUGACAAGAUCGACAACAACGACAACCGUGUUUCCACGCCCAAAAAAGGAGAGCUGUUCCACCCUUCCUCCAGCCUCGUGGACAAUCUGCUGAAUGAGCUCAACAUCUCAGAGAUCCAGAAGCUCAAACAACAACUGCUGCAGGUGGAGCGAGAGAAGGUGACGCUGCUGUCUACGCUGCAGGAGUCUCAGAAGCAGCUGGAGCAGGCUCAUGGAGCGCUCUCUGAGCAGCACGAGAAGGUCAGCCGUCUCACGGAGAACCUCAACGCCGUCCGCAAACUCCAGGCCAGCAAGGAGCGCCAGUCCGCUCUGGACAACGAGAAAGAUCGCGACAGCCACGAGGACAGUGAAUACUACGAGGUGGACAUCAACGGCCCCGAGAUCCUGGAGUGCAAGUACAAGGUCGCUGUGUCUGAGGCGAGUCAACUGAAGGAGGAGCUCAAAACGUUAAAGGCAGAACAUUCAGCCUGUCAGUCUGAGUAUAAGGAGGAGCGGGCGCAGCUGGAGAGCCAGGUUGCAUCUUUAGGCACGCAGGUCACUUCUCUGGAGCGCAGCGGCAGAGCCGACCGCGAGCAGCUGGCACGGCUGGAGAAAGAGCUCCGUCAAGCCAGUGAAGUGGCAGGCGAAUCCCAGGGCAGCCUUAACAUCGCACAAGACGAGCUCGCCACCUUCAGCGAGGAGCUAGCCAACCUCUACCAUCACGUAUGCAUGUGCAACAACGAAACGCCGAACCGCAUCAUGCUCGACUACUACCGCGAAGGUAAGGCUGGCGUUAAUGGCGCGCAGACCAGCCCUGACGGUCGCGGACGCCGCUCUCCCAUCCUGCUGACCCGCGGCCUCUUCCCCAGCGACGGAGCGUCGUCUCCAGUCUCCUCCGUCCCGUCCCCUGUGGCUGAUCCCCGCAAAGAGCCCAUGAACAUCUAUAACCUGGUGGCUAUCAUCCGUGACCAGAUCCGACACCUGCAGCUAGCGGUGGACCGCACCACCGAGCUCUCGCGCCAGCGCAUGGCUUCCCUGGAGCUGGGUCUCGGGGCAGACCGAGACCAGGAGGCCAGCGUGGAGGAGAUCCUCAAGCUCAAAUCGCUCCUCAGCACCAAGAGGGAGCAGAUAGCCACGCUGAGAACCGUCCUGAAGGCCAACAAACAGACCGCUGAGGUGGCGCUGGCCAACCUGAAGAGCAAAUAUGAGAACGAAAAGGCCAUGGUGACUGAAACCAUGAUGAAGCUUCGCAACGAGCUCAAAGCCCUAAAAGAGGACGCAGCCACUUUCUCCUCCCUCAGGGCCAUGUUUGCCACACGCUGUGAUGAGUACGUGACUCAGUUGGAUGAGAUGCAGAGGCAGCUGGCUGCUGCGGAGGAUGAGAAGAAGACGCUGAACUCCCUCCUCCGUAUGGCCAUCCAGCAGAAGCUGGCGCUCACCCAGCGCCUGGAGGACCUGGAGUUCGACCACGAGCAGACCCGCCGCGGCGGAGCCAACGGCCGCUCCAAGACCGCCGCCUCGCGCGGGAAACCCACCCACUCCCACGUAAGUCACCCUGCCGCCAAUGCCACCUGCGGGGGUCGAGGCGAGCCCAACGGCCUCCUGGGAACGCCGGUGGUGUUCUGCAGUGAGAAGUACAAGAUCUACUGCGACUGAAGCUGCGCGGGCCUCGUCAGCUGUUGUACAAAGCUCCACUCACGCGCUCUCUUGCUUGCUGUGUGCUAACCCAUAUGAUGUGUCCGUGUGUUUAGGGCUAAAUAUGGUCAUGCCUGCUAGCAUCCUCGUAGCCAGGUGCAUGUUGUAGUGCUAGCUAAGGGCAGAAUGAUAUAACGUUUAGUCUUAUAGGUGAAGUGUUUCUGCUAGCAGCACCAAACCCAAUUGCACAAUUUUACAGCUCAAGGCAGCGUUUCUAGAUUAGACGUGAUAGAGAGAGCUAGCCAUAGGAUUGUUGAAUUGUGGUCACAAGUCAAUAGCCAUUCGCCCUUUUCCUCUGUCCAUCUCUCUCCUGCCUCUGAAAUCAGCAGCCCGUCCAAUCAGGUAACUCGUGUUUACAUGCCCGAGCAAACUAAAUAUGCAAACCUCCACCCUGCCUUGUUGACGUGCAGGAAAACUCAUAGAAGUGUGCCAUUUUUGUUUUGUUUUUGCGAGAAAACAGAAAUAACAUCAAAAAUGAAAAUCGACGGGUUGGAGAGUGUGUGUUUUAACGAUGUCACUCGUGAGGCAGGCGGGAACGACGCGUUCAUAAAUCGAUAUGCGCCACGAAGCCAAUGGGCUUCUGGCUUGCUUUUUCAUUUGAUGUCUGGCUGCAGAACUGAGAGCUUUAAUAUGUCUUAGACUCGAUUACAUUUACUUGAGCACACACGGCUUUACACGGUGAAGUCACGGUGAAGGGCUUGCCACAUGCUGUCAAUAUAUUUCCAUUGCAGAUGAAACAUUAGAGAGGCCUUAUCUGUCGUUUCUGUGCUCUAAAUAGCGUGGCCGUCUCAUUUCAAGACGAGGACAAACCGAUGUCUCUUUUUGGCAAACAAAAGAUUCAAAGUUUCAGGCUUUCAUUCUCUGGCUUGCUUAAAACGUCCUGAAUCAGCUUUUCUUGAUAAGAUCAUAUAUUCCUAGUCACACUCAUCCUUCGCAUUAGUAACCUGUGAUAUGAAACUCUCAUCUUCAUAUAAUCACAUUCACCGUUUUCUAUUUGCUUCGCAUGAAAGACUGACAACUGAAGCGGUCGAUGCUAACUAGGGUUUUUAGACAAGCUUUCAAAUAGAUUAUAAACUUUUAUUUCAGUUUAUGUCAAUACAUGAAUUGCUGCAAAUUUGCUAAUGAAUGGCUUCUCUGAAUCGCUGUAUUUGUAAAGGAAAAGUGCAGCACCACACAUUUCAGGAACUUCAAAAUGAUAGCAGUGUUAAAUAAAGAUUACAUGCGUCUUUCACAUUCUGUGACAUUCUCUAGUCCAGUUAAUCUAGCAAGGUCUGUUCCCAUAUGAUCUAGUGGUUUGGAUUCCUGGUUGUUACCAGGCGGCCCGGGUUCGAAUCCCGGUAUGGGAAGGGAUGCCUCUGGCACUGCCCACACUCAUCAGAUUAUUGACGUUCAUGUUGGAAUUUAACUGACCUGUCACAGAAAAAGACGAAUGUCUCAUAAAAAAAACCCCAUCAUUCUUGGUUGGUGUGACAUUUUUGUCCAAAUUUUAAAACGGCCAGUUCAAAUUUGCUCGCUUCAGUUACCAGUGAAACAUUAGCAGUCAGUUGGUCUGCGUUUCGCCAAGAGGAGUUAAGUGUUAAAGGUUUUGACCGGUCAAUGGUGAAACAUUUAUACAACUCAUUAACAUUCAAUACUUGUUUUGCUUGAUCUGGUGAGGUUGAGGUUUUUAGUUCUUGUGAGAACCUCUGGCUUCCUGCAUCCUGUACUACUUCCCUUCCACACUCACCAACACAACACAACACUCACCAACACAACUUUUUUUUCAUGGGCUGUGUUUGGCUUCUGCUGACUAACCCGAGUUUUCCGUUGAGUUCUGCUGGAACGCCGCUUGAGCAGAUGCAGAUGCAGCCGCUGCGUAACGUUAACCGUAAUGCUAACAGCUUUCAUUUCUUUGUUCCGAUUUGCAGUAUUGUUCAGCCUGAGCUGGAGCUCAACAUUGCACCACUGCCUACAAACCCAGUAAACGGUCUUGGACCUACGAGAUGCAUUUGGGUUCUUUUUACACACAUGGGAAGCCAGAGGUCACAAAGUCCUGAAAACUUUAAUGCUUAAAAUUCAAGUACAAAAAAAAGAACAUGGGCUAAUGUUCUUUUCAUCAAUGUUUUGAGAUUUUGUAACCUUUGAUCUUUUUAAUAUAAGGCUAUAUUGCUUUUUAUUAUAUUAGUCUAUGGUUUGAGGUGUUCUGGUUUACGAGUCUGUUCACGUAUUUUACACUACUAUUUUAAGAGUAUUCGAUUUCAUUAUGUACGUCCUCUGUAAGCAGAGCUCAACGUCACGUAAUCAUAACUCAGAUGAUCCAUAUUCUUCAGUUCUGUCAUCUUUAUGAAAUGAAUCCAUAAGAUUAUCUGUGUUUUACUGAAAUGUUAUGUUUUUCACAUUGACACAUUUUACGGCCACGUUUUAAUGCUGGGCUUUCGUCUAUUUAUUAUUUGAAUAUUUCAAAGUGAACAAAUAAAAAAAAAUGUGGCUUAAUCUAAUCAGAAGGCUUUGGUUAAACAAAACCAGCAACUCGAUCAAAAAAAAAAAAAAUUUUUUUUUCGUAACACUUCACAAUAAGGUUCAAAUAACAAACAAUGCAGCAUUUAUUAAUCUAGUAUCACUAUAUAGGAAUACGUUUUAUAACGUUGUAUAGGUUAACGUAUUAUGAUCAAACGUGAAUUAACAAUAAACGAGAACAUUCAUAUAUUAACAAUAACCUGGAUGAAUUAAGAAUUGUACCUUAUUGUAAGUGUUCAUAAUUUUGUUUCAAGCACCUUCGCUCAAGCUUUACGUGGGUCACUGACCUUCUGCAUUCUGUACAAGAGGAAAUGAAUUAAUUCCAAAUUGGAAUGCUGUAAUUCUCUCUGUCUAUCGUGCCAAGUGUCGGUACAACGUUUGGGUUGGUUAAAAGGAUCAGAAGCGCUGAGACGAGGGUCUGCCCUGCUUUACCUUGCCCUCCGUUUGGUUCGUUUUUCGUUUAUGAUCUUCAUUCUGACCAUUAGUGCCUUUUUGUUCUUUGAAGAGAGAAUCCUAGCUUAGCGUUUAGUUUUUGUAUUUAAUUUUUCUCACUCCUUAAGGAAGAACAGCAGAUGACUUGUUUUAAACUUAGCAGCAGCAAUAAGUACAGAAGACAUUCAUUCUGUUUUCAAGGGUGUGAAAAUAUCAAUUAUUAGAGAAAUAAAACAGAUUGUACGGAAUUCGUCAGGUCAGUGAUCCUAAUAGCAAAUUCAGGGGUUUUAGAAAACGUUAUGUUUCGUCAAAUGGUUUGAAGCCAGAAUUAUUGUUUGCCUCAAUAUGAACAAAACGUUUGAGACACGAAACCUAUGGUGUUUUGUUGUCGGAGACUGGUGUUAUUCUAGCUUUGUAUGGUGAGGUAGCUGAGGUCAUGUGAUUAUUGAUAGUAUUGUUAACAAUUGUGAGAAAGCUUGUCCUCUUUCUGUCCAAUUGGUUUUUUGUUUUGUUUUUUUAUACGUUUUUCACAUGGUUAUAUGAGCAUUACAAAUUCAGGAAACAGAAAACAUGUUGCAUCAACAAGCAAAUGGUGCCACAAAGUCACAUUUUGUUUGUUGAGGCGUAAAAUUAAUAAAUACAGUCAGCAAGUGAGGAGAAACUAAAUUAAGUGCAAUUAAACCAAAACGAAGUUAUGUGGUAACUGAGGUUUUCUGUUUGCUGGAAGUGAUGGCAUUGUGAUAUUCAACUAGCUGUGGAAGCUUAUUAUUGGAAACUCUUAUUAUUGUGUUCCAGUAUUGAUCUAUAGGGAUCUAUAAGUUUGAUACCUUUAUAUGAAAUAACAUUCAUUUGUUUGUAUUAAUUUGAAAUGUCGUCAGUACUGAACUUUAUAAUGUGCAUUAUUAUGUCAUAUGCAUGUUUCUUUCAGCUAUGAGACUUGUACACAGAACCGAAAACAAACUUAGAACUCCAAAGACUUGGAAAAAAGACAAAAAAGAAGAGAGAAAUGUUUGGUUUUUAAUUGGUCCCUUACCCUUGAACUAACCGAGUUGAAGUAUUGUUUUCUAGAGGUUUGUCUGUGUAGAAGUAGUCAAGCCGGCUCAAGUCAGUAAAUACAAAUAAAAAGUCAUUCGGCA